UUUUACAGGUGCUCGUUUUGUUCCAAAAAAAUUCAGCUACAUUACUCUUUCUCUUUCUCUUUCUCAUUCAGCAAACUCUCUUUCCGUUAAGCAGCAACAACGACUAGCGCAGCCAUUUCGCCGCCGUCAACCCAUUUCACCGCCGUCAACCCCAUUCCGCUUCCGUCAACCCCAUUCCGCUUCCGUCAACCCCACUCCGCCUAAUCGUGUAAUCUCCUUUACAGUUCUAUUUUUCUUCAACCGAGAUCUGAGGCUUGCUGCUGGCAUCUGACUGGUCGUUUAAGACCUUGAAAAUGGACAUGAUGGUGAAAAAAUUUCAGUCAAAAUUCCAAAAAGUUAGGGAAGAAAUGAAUCAGUGGAAUGAUCUUCAAUCUCGCUUAACUUCACAGUUUAGGAAUGCUUCCCAUAUUUUGGAUAGGUUGCAGGUGCUUCAAAAAUCGAGCAAUUAUGGUAUUCUAAAUUGUGUUGCUGGUGUUAAAGAUGGUCUUUUGGAAAAGCAGAUUGGUUCUUUGAAUACCAUUUUGAUUUCCAUGAAAAGGACUUUGGAAGAGUUCCAUCGUAUUGUCUUAUCUCUUGAGAAAUUUAGUCGUGACGGUAGACAACUAGUCAAAGGUAGUUCUUCUCGCCCAACCAUGAAACAACUGCAGCAGCGUGUUGGUGUCAAACCUAGACUUAUUGAUUGCUUGGACGGCCUUUUGUUUCUGCAUGAAAUAUACUACUCAGAGUAUUUGUUAAAAACAUCAAUUGUAUCAGCAAUAUCAUCAAUAGCCUUAAUGCCGAGUGCUAGUGAUCUUGGUGCCCUACAGCAACUCUUGGUUGAUCAACCCAAUAUCGUUACUGAGGAAGUUCAAUUUUUGAUGGAUACAAUAUUUGCUGAAGAUUUGUGUUGAUGUCCUCUAAUGUGAAUUUGUCUACACUUGAAGAGGUGUGUUAUGGGUAUAUACGGUUAGAAAACAACAUGAAAUCAAAGUUAUUAUUAGGUCAAACUCAGCAUUCAAGCAAACAACAUGAAAUCAAAGUUAUUAUUAGGUCAAACUCAGCACUAGAAACCGCCCAUUAAAUGGACGGCACUGUACAAGUAAAAAGAAAAACCCUGCGGCAAUGUUAUAACGUGUUUUCUCAACUGAAGUAAAAUUUUCUUUGUUUUCU